AUGACUAGUGCCGCCUUCACGCUCAACCCGUCGCAGCUGCAUUACCUCUCGACUGCCCGCCCAUUCUACUACUCUCCGCGCUCGGAGUUGAUCUCAUGGGCUCCGGACCACUACGUCGCGCUUGCUGCGCCAGUUGUCACUUACUGGGUUGCCUCACUUUUUUUCCACUUCCUUGACAUCUCCGAAUGGAGGUGGCUCGAUAGGUACCGCAUCCACGAGUCCGCUGAGGUCAAGUCGCGCAACCUCGUCACCCGCUGGCAAGUUGUGCGCGCAGUGUUGUUGCAGCAGAUCGUGCAGUCAAUCCUCGGCUACUUUUGGAUGGAAGAGGCCGUGGCGGGUGCAGGCGUCGACCACCUCGGCAACAUGCUGCGCCUGGGGCCCGCAUUGACACGGGUCAUGACAUUGACGCUGGGCAGCAAGACUGGAGGGCGGCUGCUAGACAAGGACGGGGCGCUUCUGCUGUACACGCUCUACUGGUGGGGCAUCCCAGCUGGCCGCUUCAUGUUUGGCACAUUCAUCAUCGACACCUGGCAGUACUUCCUACACCGCGGGAUGCAUAUGAACACCUGGCUGUACAAGCAAUUCCACUCGGUGCAUCACCGCCUGUAUGUCCCGUACGCGUUCGGCGCACUCUACAACCAUCCGCUGGAAGGUUUUCUGCUUGACACCCUCAGCGGUGCUAUUGCAGAAGCGGCUGCGGGUAUGUCAACGCGCGAGGCGGUUGUACUCUUCUCGAUCUCGACGUUGAAGACCGUCGACGACCACUGUGGAUACAGACUACCCUUUGACCCGCUCCAGUUCCUGACGAGCAACAACGCCGACUAUCACGACAUCCACCAUCAGCGCAUCGGCAUCAAAUCAAAUUUCGCACAGCCCUUCUACGUGCAUUGGGACGCCCUCCUCGGGACACGCAUGACGCGCAGAGACAUGGAACUUCGCAGGGAAAAACAGAAGAAGGCGCAGUAGCUGCACCCUCCCUCGUUCACGAACAAAUAGAUGAAUGUGAAUUGUUUGGUUAUGCAUAUCUCCAGUGUUUGUAGUGUAAUAGUCAUGACUCCAUAAUGCCUGUGCCACUGUGAUAGGAUACUA